CUUCCUUAGGUCAGUAUGGUGCACUUCACAAGUAGUCAGUGUCUUCCGUCUGCUGAAAAACGUUUUUAUAUUUCAUAUUUUGAAAGAAGGAAAGAUCUAUUUAUUUGGGAUUGACUCAUACUAAUUUGAAGGACCAUUUUUACAUGGAAAGAAAAAUGCUGUCUUUGUUUUUAUCAUGAGGAAAUAAGAGUUUUAUACCAUUUUUAUUAAUUUCCAUCGUUAUCUCCAGAGGAAUCUUCUGCUGUUGCUUACCUUUUGCUUGUGUACCAUCCUGUUUUCCUGAAUCACGCCGGGUAGGAACCAGGCUGUCCUGCAAUGUGUCAGCUGCGGCCGGAGCUGCCAAGCCGAGGGGUGGUCAAUAAAGAUAUAGUCUUCCAUCCGUGUAACCAAAAUGAUGAGGCGACGAGGAUGCCAAUAGCAUGACGAAGCACAGGAAAGGGCUGGAUAAUGAAUACAACUGGGAAGCAGCCAUCAAGUUGGAUUUGAAGCACACUGAGGCACAAAGUCAGCUGAAAUUAAUGGAAAUGGACAAUAAAAUCUGAUCAUUUUAAAUGGCAGGUAUUCUUAGCGCCUGGCUCACGUCAGCCUGAAUCCAUCUGUUACAUUACUGCAGGUUGGUGUGAGUACCUCAAAGAUUUGGUGUCAAGAAUCAUACAUGCCUGGGCUGUACUGACUCUGCUGCACAAAUUUCAAAAUGAUCAAGCAGACCACAAUGGAGUGAAGAAAUGCUACUUUUGCUGAUGAAUUCUGUGGCCUGUAAUGAGUUCAUCUCAGGAAGUGAAAUUCAAGCUUAUGGAAAGAAGGUAGAGACUUUCAAAAUAAUUUAAAGAAAAAAUAAAUCCUUGCAGCACACGUACAAGUUGAUCUAGAGAUUCCCACCUGAAACUGGUGAAUAGCCCCUGGUUUUGGGGACGCUAGCUCUUUCGCUAUUGGUUGCAUCGGGAAUCUGAAGUUAGUGCUCAUGAGAAGUAAAAUCGGAGAACCCGGGGUGCUCAGCGUGGCUAAAGAUUGUGGAGACGGCAGCAAAAAGUCAGACAUUCUCUUUGAAGUAGAGGCUUCAGCUGGGUCCUUUUGUGUGCCCUGGGAACUGAGAGAAAUAGCAGCCAACCUGGGAUAAAAUGCCAGCUAAGGGUAAAUACUUCUUCAAUGAAAAUGAUGACUGCAGGAUAACAGACCCUCUCUAUGAGAAGUACCGCUAUACAAGCCAGCAGCAUCCACUCCUGCUAUUGCUGCUCUUCAUUGCAAUCAUCUUCUGGACUAUACUAAUUAUCAUCUUUUCUUUUGAAGAUGACCCAAAAAAGCAUCUUGCCUUUAUUAUUGCAGUAUGUGCUGUUCUGGUCAUAUUUGCAGUCAUGUACUUACUUUUAUGUAUCGAAUCCCUGUUUCGGAGAUGGCUAACGUUAUUUGGAGUUAUGAUUUGGAUUUGCUUCCUAACAAUAGGAUAUAUUCCUCUUCUUGAAAGAGAAAAAGAUUUUUUAGCAUGGGAACAGGUGCCAUUCUUUCUAUUCAUAAUCUUCACAGUUUAUACCAUGCUACCUUUUGGAAUGAGAGAUGCAGUUAUAAUUAGUGUUCUUUCUGCUCUCUCCCAUAUUAUCGUUCUAAGUGUGUUAUCCAAGGAUUCUCAGGCAGACAAGAGAUCCCUUCUGUUUCAGGUACUUGCCAAUGCUGUCAUUUUCCUUUGUGGGAACUUGAUGGGUGCAUUUCAUAAGCGGCAAAUGCAGGUUGCUUCAUGGGAUUUGUAUAGGUACACGUUAAAAUGCAUUCAGGUUCGAAUGAAACUGAAGAUUGAAAAGAGGCAACAAGAAAAUUUGCUUUUAUCCAUACUGCCGGCUCAUAUAUCUAUGGAAAUGAAGCUAGCAAUCAUAGAGAGACUGAAGGAAACUAAUGAUAAUAGGCAAAUGCAUGACAACAACUUCCACAGUCUGUAUGUGAAAAGACACCAAAAUGUAAGCAUUCUCUAUGCAGACAUUGUGGGAUUUACUCGCCUUGCCAGUGACUGCUCUCCUAAGGAACUAGUAGUAAUGCUGAAUGAACUUUUUGGAAAGUUUGAUCAGAUUGCAAAGGAGAAUGAAUGCAUGAGAAUAAAAAUCCUGGGAGACUGUUACUACUGUGUGUCAGGCCUACCUGUGUCCUUGCCAGUUCAUGCCAGGAACUGUGUUAAAAUGGGACUUGACAUGUGUGAAGCAAUAAAGCAGGUGAGAGAAGCCACAGGCGUGGACAUCAACAUGAGAGUCGGUAUUCAUUCUGGGAACGUGCUGUGUGGUGUGAUUGGCCUGCGGAAGUGGCAGUACGAUGUCUGGUCUCACGACGUUUCCUUAGCGAACCGCAUGGAGUCUGCGGGCGUACCUGGCCGUGUACACAUCACUGAAGCAACGUUAAAUCACCUAGGCAAAGCUUAUGAAGUAGAAGAAGGAAAUGGACACCUUAGAGAUCCUUACCUUGAAUCCAUGAAUAUCAAAACCUACUUGGUGGUUGAUCCAAGGUCCAAACAGUGCGUGUCAAAUAAUCAUCUCCCUAAAACAAGAGUUAAUGAUGGGCUGAAGAUGCGAGCAUCUGUUCGGAUGACACGUUAUUUGGAGUCCUGGGGAGCAGCCAGGCCCUUUGCCCACUUGAACCAUAGGGAAAGCGUGAGCAGUGACUCUUCCAUUUCACAAGGAAGAAAAAGAAAGGAAAUACCUUUGUGUUCCACUGGGCGCCAGAGGACUUCUGACAGAAAUUCAUCUCAAAAGGGAAGGAUAGAAGAAGAUAUUUAUGAUGAAAUGAUGUCAACCAUCGAGGGACUCAGUUCAACGAAUCCAUGGUGUAGCAAAUCUGAUGACUUCUAUGGAUUUUCACUGAUAUUUGCAGAACCUGGUCUUGAAAAAGAGUAUCGCACCAUUCCUAUUCUAAAACUGAAGAGUUACUUUGCCUGUGCGAGUUUUGUGUUCUUCUGCAUUUUCCUGAUACAGAUGUUUAUAAUGCCAAAAACUGCAAAACUAGGAAUCUCCUUUGGUGUUGUUGCAAUCAUCAUUGUACUUAUUUUGCUUGUAUGCUUUGCUGAGAAAUGUAUGAAGCACUGCUCAGAAAGGUGGCUUUUUCUGCGCCAUCUUUGUGCUAUCUCAGAAAAGGUGGAAACAAUGCCUUUACUUAGGCUUCCUUUAGCAGUCAUCACUAUAGGUGCCUUGCUGAUUAUAGCUAUCUUUAACUUGACUACUGGAAAAAACAAUACUGCAAACUUUACUAGAUCAAAUUAUGUGAAUGGCACCAUCUAUCCUGAAAAUCAGUCUUCUGGAGACACAGCUGAAUACUUCACUGAGAAAACUUAUUAUGCAUAUUGCUGCAUUUUGGGGUUCAUUGCUUGCUCAGUAUUUCUUCAAGUGAGCUUCGAACUCAAGGUUCUCCUCCUGUCUAUUGCUGUGACUGUAUACCUCUUCAUUUUCAAUACCCUGCCAGAGCCUUGGAACUUGAAUCUAUCCGUCAACAAUACCAGGCUUUUCAUUGAAGAGCCAAGGAUAAUGGUUAAUAUAUAUCUGGUUCUGUUUUAUGUAACCCUAAUAUUACUUGCAAAACAGAUUGAUUAUUACUGUCGACUGGAUUGUCUGUGGAAGAAUAAGUUUAAAAAAGAACACGAACAGUUUGAAACGAUGGAGAAUGUUAACAGGCUUUUGCUGGAAAAUGUACUUCCAGCACAUGUCGCUGCAUAUUUCAUUGGUGAAAAACGAAAUGAGGACUGGUACCAUCAAUCUUAUGACUGUGUCUGUGUCAUGUUUGCAUCAGUGCCAGAUUUUAAGGUGUUCUAUACUGAAUGUGAUGUCAAUAAAGAGGGUCUGGAAUGCUUGCGGCUGUUAAAUGAAAUCAUUGCUGAUUUUGAUGAGCUCUUGCUAAAACCUAAAUUUAGUGGUGUUGAAAAAAUAAAAACCAUUGGAAGCACUUAUAUGGCAGCAGCUGGUCUCAGUGUUACACCAGGCCAAGAGAACAACCAGGAUAAGGAGAGACAGCAUGCACACAUUGGGAUUAUGGUGGAAUAUGGAAUUGCCCUGAUGAGUAAACUGGAUGGAAUCAACCGACAUUCCUUUAACAAUUUCCGCUUACGUAUUGGGAUAAAUCAUGGCCCUGUGAUUGCUGGUGUAAUUGGUGCUCGGAAACCACAGUAUGAUAUUUGGGGCAACACUGUUAAUGUUGCUAGCAGAAUGGAGAGUACGGGGGAACUUGGGAAAAUCCAGGUCACAGAAGAAACAAGUAGAAUACUACAGGAGCUGGGAUAUUCAUGUGAAUGUAGGGGACUCAUUAAUGUCAAAGGCAAGGGAGAACUGAGGACUUACUUUGUUUGCACUGAGACAGCCAAAUUCCAAGGUAUUGGACUGAACUGAGGCUAUGACAAAGUUAAUCAAAGUAGACUUAGAACUGCCUCCCUUCUGUGAAGACUUAAAAUUUCCCUCCUUAUGUAAAGGAGAUUAUUCAAAACUAUAUAUACUUUCAUACGUCUUCUACUUCAAAAGAUUGGAGAAUGUUGUUAUGUUUGUUGUUGUUUUUUGAAAGAAGUUCUGAGAAGUUUGUAGAAGACAUGGAACCACCAGUUUGAAAAAGACUACAUUUUCCCGAAGUUAUUUGAGAAUUUACCUGGAAUUUGCAUGAAGCAUUUUCGGUUAGUUCCUGUCCUUCCCUGCACUGUGAGUGUCUAACAGCUCCAGUAACCACCUGUAUGGAUGCACUGUAGAACUCUUUACCACCUUAAAACAUUCCACUGCUUCAUUCUUUGUCACACCUGCACACAGUAUUGCAUUUGUCACAGACGUACUGAGAUGAUACUCUGGGCACUGCAUACCCUGCUUUUAAUGUUAAACAAACUUCAUGACAGAAGACAGCUGAAUAACAGAAAGAGAAAUGCAAGUAAACUCCAAUAUAUCAUAUGAUAAUUGUGCUGAGCUCCUUUGGUUGUGGAGGGAAUUAAUUGCGCAGUUUGGAUCCCUUCUUCAUUAUCUUAUCUUCUACAGUAGUACAAAUGUUUUUUCUGACCAGCAGCUGUUCAGAAAUCUUUAAACUAGUUGAGUGUUUACAUUCUAAUACAUAUCAUCCUUUGUAUUUCUGUGCUUCUGUAUUUAGCAUCUGCAUGCAGAUUUUGUAGUCACAUAGGAGAAUGUUCUUUAAAAAUUCUGGCUUGAAAUUUCAAAAGAACCCAAAACAACAAUAAUAAUCUUGAGGAGCACUGGGCACCUGCAUUUUGCAUUUAUGCUGAAUGCUUGGUUAGACGGGCUCAGAUAACGGCUUGUAUCACUGACAUCCAGCUGGAAUUCUGCAUACUGACUGUAUCCUUGAGGGCAUUUUUGAACAGUUUGGAAACUGAAAAACAGAACUAAUAAAAUAGUAACUGUUACUGUUUCUAAUACUGUACAAACAGAACUGCAACUGAGAUGGGCUUUAUUUUUUUCUUCCUUUUUUUUUUUUUUUUCUUCUAUUUUUGUUUCUCCAAUUUGACGAGCUACUUGCUGGUUUGAAUUCCUUUGAAAUGCAAUGCAGCUUAUGAAACAGUUUGGUUUUUAAAAUUACAAAAGGAAGUGUGGAAAAAUGUUCUUAAAUUUUCAUGCUCUUAACAUUUUGAUCAUGUUCUUAACAUUUUCAUACAUGAAAGUAUGCUUGGUGCGUUGGUAAGAUGAUCAUGGAAAUCGGCUUGCUCUUAGUUUGUAAAUUAGCAUUUUUCUGCUUCUUGUAAUCAAUCUCUUUUCUGUUGGUGGAAUGACAGUAUUUUAUAAUAAUACCUCCUGCCUAAAUGUAUGCAUUAACUAAGGAUGGAUUCUCCCUUUACCCCUUCAUACCACACGGAGUAUGACUAAACAGCACAGUGAUUAGUAAGUUGUGCAUCUGCUUUGUUAAUCCUUAUGCUUCUACAAACAAAGCAGCACUUACUAAUCUUUGGGUUUACUACUAAGCUAUACUGGAAAAGUUUUUAACAAGCAGUCAUAUGCAUUACUGCCACUUUCUAAUUACUGUGUAAUUUCUUUAGAAGAUGAAGUGACUAUGUUUCAAGACAGAAACAAAUCUAGAUAUUGUCCAACUGUGGAUUAAAACUUGUGCUUACAGCCUUUUUCAAUUUGGUAGGUCAAAACUGUCUGUAGUAAGCCUCCGACAGGAAAUAGCAUGUUAGAAAACCUUGGUUUGAGGUUUUCUGGGUCAUGUAUGGACUCAGCUGAAGAAGGAAGUUUCAGACUUGGCAUCUUGUCAGUAUCAGAUCAGUGUUGCAAUUGAAUAAACUUUCAAACAGCUUUUGCUACUCCUGUAUGUUGUGCAUUUGUAGUAACAGAUGCUCAGCAAGCAUUUAUCUUGAGAUAUUUAUUGUUUUACAAGGACCAUGCAUGUGUCAAAGGCUCCUUUCAGCAGUCGUUGAUGCCAUAUGUUACGUAAAGUCAUGAUUUGCCUCUAAUAUAUUUUGGAAAGUGCAUUAUGCCUAUAGAUAGAGCUGGCUCUGAAGUGUUUCUGUUUAUAGAACUAGUAGAACGUAGGUGUAAGUUAUCUAUGAAAAAUUGGCUGUCUGUAACAGCAUUUUGAAAUGCUUUUGUUUACAUUAUAUUGCCGAUCAGGCUAGUAACUUGCUUGGGCAUAACUUAAACUUAACCUCAUUUACUGAAGUGGUAUAAAAAGCUGUAGCUUUUGAACUGGAAUUAGUAGUUUGUUUGUUUUCUUGUCGUGGUUUUAAAAGGACAUUGCAGUACUUACACUGCUCAAUUUUAGCUUACAUAAUGGAGAAAGUUGGAAACCACAUGUAAAGAAAAAGGGGUUAUAUCUGAGAAUGACAUUAACUUAGCAGAACUGGAAGCGUAUACAAAGAAAGCUAUGUUCAACCAGAGAAUAAAUUCACUUUACAUGGCAACUGUCUUUAAGUAAUUGUUUUUAGCAGUCAUUUCUUGAGAACUGUGAAACUUAAGACUGAAGAAGUAAUCUUGUUUGAAAAUCUUUACAGCAUUACUGUGGUUUUUUGAACUGUAAAAAUGGCAUUGUAUCUAAUUUGAAGAGCUAAUAAUGUGUUCUGAAUUAGCAAUCUAUUUUAAAGAACAAACUUUUCUUUUUACCAUUAAAUAAAGAACUUCCUGGAACUUG